GACAGUCUGGCCGGCGCGGAGCGGCCCCGGGGCCAGAGCGCGCGGAGAGACGCGCCCGUGAGCCUGUGCCCCCGGACCCCCCUCGCGACGCCGCCCGGCCCCGGGCCCCCGCCAGCCGCCAUGUACGACCCCGAGCGGGGCUGGAGUCUGUCCUUCUCGGGCUGCGGCUUCCUGGGCAUCUACCACGUGGGGGUGACCCGCUGCCUGAGCGAGCGCGCCCCGCACCUGCUCCAGGACGCGCGCAUGUUCUACGGCGCCUCGGCCGGGGCGCUGCACUGCGUCACCUUCCUGGCGGGCAUGCCCGUGGACCGCGUGGUGCGCAUGAUCAUGGACCUGGUCCGCACGGCCCGCAGCCGGAACCUGGGCGCCCUGCACCCCGCCUUCCACAUGGGCCGCUGCCUGCGUGAGGGGCUGCGCAAGGACCUCCCCGACGACGUGCACCGGCUGGUGUCCGGCAGGCUGGCCAUCUCGCUCACCAGGGUGGCCGACGGCAGGAACGUGCUCGUGUCCCGCUUCCACUCCAAGGAUGAAGUCGUGGACGCCCUGGUCUGCUCCUGCUUCAUCCCGUUCUACUGCGGCGUCUUCCCUCCUUCCUUCCGAGGCGAGCGCUACAUGGACGGGGGAGCCAGUGACAAUGUGCCUUUCGCCGAGGCCAAGACCACCAUCACCGUGUCCCCCUUCUACGGCGAGCAGGACAUCUGCCCGAAGACCAAGUCCACCAACUUCCUGUUCGUGGACUUCACCAAGCUCAGCUUUCAGCUGUGCGCACAGAACGCUUUCCUGCUUAGCCGCGCACUCUUCCCCCCAGACCUCAAGGUGCUGGCGGAGAUCUGCUCCCGGGGGUACUUGGACGCCCUGAGGUUCCUGGAGGAGAAUGGCAUCUGUAACAAGCCCCAGCCCAGCCUGCGUGUCUCCCCCGGGGACUCGGCCCCCGGGGGCCCAGACAGCCCCCCGCCGGCUGCAUCCGAGGCCAGCCCCGAGCCGGACCUGGACCCGCUGCUGGGCCACCUGCAGGUCCACCUGCUGCCCUGGGACGAGAGCCUCGUGGAGACGCUGUCGCCGAAGCUCACGCUGGCCCUGCGGGAGGCCAUGCGGGAGCCCGACGGGUACCUGAGCAGGUUCCGCAACCUCCUGCCGGUGAAGGUGCUGUCCUACGCCGCAAUGCCCUGCACGCUGCCCGUGGAGUCGGCCAUCGCGGUGGCCCAGCGGCUGGUGACGUGGCUCCCGGCCGUCCUGGACGACAUGCAGUGGCUGCACUGGGCCGCCUCCCACGUCUGCUCCCAAGCGCUCACGCGGCUGCUCCCCGCGGCCAGAUCCCAGACGCCCCCUGGCGGCCAAGAGCCUUCCCAGCACCCGCCGGACCCCGAGGGGCGCCGCUGCCCUCCCUGCUCCCCAGUGGACUCUGAUGCGCUCCCUGGGGACUGCCCAGUGGGGUCCAAAGCCAAGGCUGCCCAGCGCGCGGUGCUCCAGGCCAGCCGGACCUUGCUGGGCAGCAGGGUCUCUGCGGGGGCAGGGGUCGACUCCUGAGCCCCACCCGGUCCCGCAGACUUGCGCUGAGGCCCCCCCGAGGUGAGCCCAGGUGUCUCGGCGGGGGCCUGGGACGUGCCUGCAGCUGCGCCAAACGGACAGGAUCACCGAGACCAAAGCACCGUGCAGAUGAAGGGAACCUAGUACUGAAGCUCGACAGGAAGUGGCCCGGCCACCCCGGUGCAGACACUGCUGGGGAGGAUCUCCCCCCCCCCGCCCCCCUGCCCCCGGCCUCCCUGUGUCCUACAGAGGUGCCUGGGGUGGCCGGGGCAGGGCCCUGGUCCAGUCUAGGGGCCUGGAAGUCGGGGAUCCCAUGUCCCCCUGUACGAAUGGAGCCGGGUGGGAGUCGGCACUGCCCCCAGCCCCGCACCGGAUGGACAGUCCUCCCGAGUGCAGCUCUGUGAUGCCUUGUGGGCCCAGCCCAGGUACUUGGGAGCUUUGUAUGAAAUAUGAGAUGUGUGACUGCGUAUCAGUGAGAUCUUAUUGGAACAGCCUGAAAGGCAAAAACCCACCCCAUCAAGUGCCUUCCUGCCACGCACACAAACACACACACACACACACACACGCACGCAUGCACCUGUGCAUACGCUCACAUGAACACAUGCACACAUGCACAGACGCAUGCACACGUGUGCACACACACACACACUCACACGCACAAGAGGCCUGACCUCGUUUCGGGGAGAACGUUCAGCUCAGACGUGCUGUCUCCCCCGGGGCUGGGCUGUCUUUGCUCUUUGCUGCCUUCCCCUCUCCGUGUUCCGAGUUCCAGCCCUUCAGCCUUAGCAGACACAGGCCAGGAACAGGCUCCUGGUUCGUUUCUCUCCUCCUGAUCGACCCGGGCGGUUCUGGGCUGCAGCACCUCUGCCUCCUGCACGCAGGACCGUUGCCCCCCGCCCCUGCCUGGGGGUCUGGUCGAAAACUCAGGACCUGGGAACUGCGGGUGCAGUGUGUGUGUGUGUGUGUGUGUGUGUGUGUGUGUGUGUGCCUGAGAAGGCAGGUCACUGCCCCUAUGAGGGGCGUUCGCCGAGCUCCCCACUCCAGUAGGUCCUCCCAGUGUCCACGUGAGCCUGUAACUCCUCACUAAACAGUUCGUAAUAAAUGUGAUUUUGUUUUCGUUAUUGGGGGUCACACCCUGC